AUGCAGAUGCAGGCUGGACCCAUUGUCAUUGGCUCCUUCAACAUCAUUGAGGCCUCGAAAGGCAAACAGAAGAUUUGUGUGAAAAAGGAAGCUAAGGAGCAGGUUGAGAUUGUCAACUCCUCAGAAGUACCUCUUGUGAUCGGCGAUCACAAUAUGCUGGAGGUGGGAGUCAAGGUUCUGGGAGAGGGAGGUCAGCGCAUGGGAGAUGGAAACCUGCUGGAGCCGGGAAGCUUGGAUAAGAAGCUCUAA